AUGGACGCGGUCGUCAAGGUGUUCUGCACGCACACCGAGCCCAACUACAGCUUGCCGUGGCAGCGCAAGCGUCAGUCGGCGUCCACGAGCAGCGGGUUCGUCAUACCCGGGCGGAGGGUGCUCACCAACGCGCACAGCGUCGAGCAUCACACGCAGGUGAAGCUCAAGAAACGCGGCAGCGACGUCAAGUACGUGGCCAAGGUGCUGGCCAUAGGCGUCGAGUGCGACCUCGCGCUCCUGACGGUGGAGGACGACGACUUCUUCGAGGGGAUCGCGCCGGUGCAGUUCGGCCCGCUCCCGCACCUCUCCGCGCCGGUCAGUGUCAUCGGCUAUCCCAUCGGCGGGGUGGCGAUUUCCAUAACAUCCGGGGUGGUUUCCAGGACGGAGGUUACCAACUACGCGCACGGAGGCAUCGAUCUCUUGGGGGUCCAGAUCGACGCGGCGAUCAACUCGGGAAAUAGCGGCGGACCCGCGUUCAACUCGAAGGGCGAGUGCGUCGGCGUGGCGUUUCAGAGUUUGAAGCACGACGACGCCGAGAACAUCGGCUACGUCAUACCGACGCCCGUCAUUCACCAUUUCAUCACCGACUACGACAGGAACAAAACGUACACGGGGUUCCCCUCGCUGCCGUUCUCGUGGCAGAGGGUGGAAUCGCCGGCGAUGCGCAAGUGGCUCAAGAUGCGGACCGGGCAGAAGGGUGUCCUGAUCAGCGCGGUGGAGCCGCUGAUGAAGGACAAGAUAAACCUGAAGAAAAACGACGUCCUCGUGUCCAUCGACGGGACGGACAUCGCGAGCGACGGAACCGUGCCGUUCCGCGCGGGCGAGCCCAUAACCUUCAACUACCUCGUCAGCGAGAAGUACGUCGGAGAGAGCGCGCAGGUGAGGUACCUACGGGACGGUAAGAUGCAGGAGUGCUCAAUCACGUUCAACGCGAUGAAACGUCUGGUGCCCUGGCACAUAGAGGGCACGCCGCCCUCCUAUUUCAUCGCCGGGGGUUUGGUGUUCACCACCGUGUGCGUUCCUUUUCUGAAGAACGAGUACGGCAAGGACUACGACUUCGACGCGCCGGUGAAGCUCCUGGAGAAGUUCUGCCACGGGCGGGUGGAGGAGGAAGGGCAGCAGGUUGUCAUAUGCGCGCAGGUGCUCGCCGCCGAGGUUAACCGCGGGUACGAGGAUCUUCACAACACCAUCGUGCAGAGCUUCAACGGCGUGAAGAUCUUCAACCUCAAGCAACUGGCGCAGGCGGUGGAGUCGAGCAAGGACGAGUUCAUGAGGUUCGAGCUGGACCACGAGAUAUCGGUCGUCAUGGACACCAAGGCGGCGAACUCGGCGACAAAGGCGAUACUCAAGACGCACGCGAUUCCAUCCGCAAAAUCCGCCGACCUGCGCUGA